GUCUAUUGUUUAACGAAUGUUCCUACUCAAUACAAUAUUUGAUAUUUUCCAUAUUAUCAUUUCUCUCUUGCAGACAGUUCCUUACAUUCCGGAAGAAAUAUUACAUUUAGGUAUCGAUCGAUCGAUCGGCCUGACAAGGACCUAAUAGAGCAAGAUCAAAUGCCAACAUCAACUUAGGUAUAUAUCUAAAUUCGGUCACCGUAUCCUAGCUGGCUAUUUUAUACAAAAGGGGAUAUAUCCAGCGAUAUGUCAAGAAAUCCUUUUAACUAUAUUAGAUAAGUACCACAACCCAAGCUGAGCGGCCGGAGGGUUUAUGUUGCGAGUAUAUAUAAGCGACUUAAACGCUCGUUGGAAGAUUCUAAACUAUUGGUAAUAAUCCUACGUCUUGAUUAUUCCGGGAGCGCCCUUUAAGACUCUAUGCGGAUAUUAUGACUACAACAGAAGUAUCGACAUGACGUGAGCGACGAGGACAUCCUGAAAGCUAGCUGAGACAUGGGUCUAGAAAACGGAAAGGUAAGUUGUCAUUAGACCUAAGAUCAUAAUGGACAAUUAUAUAUAACCAUUCAUCUUCUCUUAUCUUAAUUCAAAUACUUCGUUCUUCCUCAACAGCUUCUACGAUUAUUAGGGAAUUGGCCCUGAAGGAUUUGAAAUUACCAUCCUUAUUACCCCUUUUUGAUUGAAGUGUACGAUCUUAUAGUCCUAUAUCCCAGUCCCGAUUUCCACAAUGCGAGGGCCUUUUGGUACCUACACCCUCGGGGCGUUCUUUGGAGGACUGCUUUUUAUGGGGGCCAAGGCGCAAAUGAAGGUUAGCAGCUUUGAUGGACCCGUCACUAAGGAAGAACUGAAGUCAUUCAACGACUAUGUUGCUACCCUGAAGCCUGCUACCGACAACAAGGGGAAUCAAUGGGUGCAGGGCCACAGCGGAGAGCAGACAAAGGCAAUGGGUCUUAUAUAUCAGAUGGCCGGACAACAAGAAACGCUAGACCAUAUGCUUCGUUUCUGCGAUGCGGUUUUGUCGGAGAGAAAUGACCUAGCAAAAGCCCCAGUUGGCCAGCACAAGAUUUGGACGGGCGGAAUCGAUCCUGUCUGGCCGAACGAUGUUACCAAGAAACCAAUCCAAACUGGCGGAGGAGAAGGCGACCCUGUCGGACAUCUAGCCAGCUGUGCUUACCUCAUAUUAAAUACGGGCAAGCUUCAUAACCAGAAGGUAACCAUCGGCGAUCCUCAUAAGUAUGGCGUUACCUAUAUGGAUCGAGCCAAGACCUAUCUCAAACAGGCGGAUUUCUCGAUGAGCAACCAUAUCUUAAAACGUUUACUAGAUCUUUCGAACGGAAACAAAAUGUACUUUGCCAAGGACUCGCCUUACAUGGGUGGGAAACCAGUCCCGUGGAAUCAACAGAUGAUGUUCAACUAUGCGUUCAUGAAUCUCUGCAGCGCACAUAGGAUCCUCAACGACAACCCCGAAUUGCUCGGGAAGUAUAAGUCGAUCCUUACUGCUAGCAUUGAUUGGUUUUUCCACGGAGGUGGUGUGCAGACAAAGAAGAGCAAGAAAGGCAGCACCGUCUAUGACUGGGGCUAUACCAUGCCGAGAACGACUGGUGAGGACUCGAAUCAUGGCGCGCUUGAUGUUGCCGGGUUUUACCGUACUUAUAUCGACGGUAACUAUGGCAUCACGGCUGACCAGAUGAAGCCGUUCGCCAACAUGUUUGUUGAUGUCAUGACUCUAGGAAAGGAGAAAUAUGCCGGGACUGUAGACGGCAAAACCGACGGCGACGGCCAUGCCAAACCCACUAAAAAUAUUCGUAGUGGUUAUCUCUUUCUGGCCGAAUUCCGGCCUGAUGCUUAUAAGAGCAUGAUGUCGGCCGAUUUAUCGGUCGGUGGUAAAGGAACUGGAAGCGCUGAUGGAUUUUCCCGUUUUCUGUGGGUGAAGAAUCAGCGUAUGAAGGCGAAGUAAACACGAUGGCAAAAUCGUUUAUAGCUAAUACUUAUAUUCUACAUAUUAGCGAGUGACACUCAGUUGGAAGCAAGUUGGGUAUUACAGUCCUCUCUAUAUUAGAAGAGGUCUACAUUAGAAGAGGAAGAAACAUGUAUUUCGGUCGAUUCUAAUCCACAAUCCAGGUUAUUCCAUAGCAUUGUGAAUACUAGACUAUGAAGUUAGUACUGCACUUAUAUAUGUAGGUUAUAUCUAAUGAGAUCAAG